AUGAAUAAAUCAUUACUUGAACAAGAUAUGAAUGUAAAUGAUGCAGAGAAAAUGUCUCGUUUAUAUGAUAAAUCUCAAAAGAGAGCUACUAAAAAAUUAAUUAUUGCAAGUAUAAUAUGCGUCAUAUUUAUGAUAAUUGAAAUUAUUGCUGCAAUUGUAUCUAAUUCUUUAUCUUUAAUGACAGAUGCUUCUCACCUAUUUUGUGAUUUACUUUCUUUUGGGUUAAAUCUUUUUUCUAUUUAUGUCUCAAAUUUUGAAGGAAAUGUUGAUAUGUCAUUUGGAUAUCAUAGAGCCGAAAUUAUAGGAGCUUUAUUUUCUAUUUUUUUUAUAUGGGCAUUAUCUGCUUAUAUUUUAUAUAGUGCCAUAUUCAGAUUAUUUAAUGUUAAAGUUGUUAAUGGAUAUAUAAUGUUUGUUACAUCAUUUGUAAGUACUCUAGCAAAUAUAUUCAUCGCAUAUAUUUUAAAAGUUCAUACACAUGGAUUUGGAUUUUUUGACAAUAGAAAAUGUAGUCAUAAUGAUGGGACACAUAAUCAUAAGGAUAAUAAAACUUGUGUAAGUAAUUCAAAAAUUCAAUCAAAAAAUAAAAGAUACAAAAAUAUAAAUAGUGAUAUUGCUUUAGAAAAUAAUGAUACUACAAUGAAUAAAAAUGUAUUAAACAAUAAAAUUAAUGGAAUUUCAUGUAAUUAUGUUACUUUUGAUUAUUAUGAAAACUUGAAUAAAAAUGAUAAUGAAAAUUCUCAUAAAGAAAAAUCAAUAGGAAACUCAUUAGAAGAAUCAAAAAAUGAUAUUAAGAAAGGCAAUUUUGAAAACAGUAAUGAAAAUAAUGAUAAUUUUCAAGUAGUUAUAAAUGAUCAUGUAAAUAAUAACGAUGAUCUAAUAAAAAAAAAAAAAAGUAAAAAAAAAAAAUAUCCACAUAAUAAAUCAUUUAAAAAUAAUAAUAUAGAAAAUGCGAAUGCUUAUAUGUUAAAAAAUGAAAACUAUGAAGAAAAUACAAAUUGUGAUAUUUACGAAAAUCAAAUAAUACAACAAAAUUCUUGCCAUGAGCAUAAUAGCGAAGAAAUCAAUAACAUUAGUUUAAAAGCAGCAUAUAUUCAUGCCAUUAGUGAUUUAAUUCAAAAUAUAGGUGUUAUGAUUGCAUCUGUAAUUAUUUGGUACAAUCCCAAAUAUUCUAUUACAGACCCUAUUUGCUCUAUUAUUUUUUGUUUUAUUGUUUUUUCAACUACCAUAUCGGUAAUCAAAGAAGUUUUAAAUGUGCUAAUGGAAGGAACUCCUGUUAGCAUUAAUUUAAUUGAUUUAAAAAAUGAUCUAUUAAAAAUACCAGGUGUUAUAGAUGUUCAUGAUUUACAUGUUUGGUCAUUAUCUAUAGGAAAACCAGCUUUAGCUUGUCACAUAGUUGCACACAAAAAUAAUUCACACAAUGUUUUGAACGAUGCAACUUUAUUGUGUCAGUAUAAAUACAAAAUUUUGCACACUACUGUUCAAACUGAUUAUCCAUCAAAUGUUUCCAAUUGUGAGACUUAUGCACAUCUUAAAUGUUCAAAUUUAAAAACAAAUACGUAA